AUGAAUUAUUCAAUAGAUCAAAAUACAUCAUCAUCAGCUUUGAGAAAAAGAAAAACACUUAAAAAAUCAAUUAAUUUUUCAAUUAUGAUUAUUGGUGAAUCAGGUUUAGGUAGAUCAACUUUAAUUAAUACUUUAUGUGGUGGUAAUUCUAUAGUUCCUUGCAGUAGUACCAUUUUACAAGAUCCUUUUAGUAAAAAAUUAUCGUUAAGACAUGAAAAUGUUGAAUUAGAAGAUAAUGAAGGUCAUAAGAUUUCAUUAAAUAUAAUCGAUACACCAAAUUUUGGUAAUGCAAUAAAUUGUGAAGAUGAUUUUAAAACUAUUGUUGAUUUUAUUAGACAUCAAUUUGACGAAGUUUUAUUAGAAGAAAGUAGAGUUAAAAGAAAUCCAAGAUUUAAAGAUGGUAGAAUUCAUUGUUUAAUUUAUAUGAUUAAUCCAACUUCGCAUGGUUUAAGUGAUAUUGAUGUAAAAUUUUUAAAAUAUAUCAAUAAUUUAGUUAAUAUUAUACCUGUCAUUGCAAAAGCUGAUAGUUUAACUACCCAAGAAUUAAAAUUAAAUAAACAAUUAAUAUUACAAGAUUUAAAUCAUUAUAAUAUUCGAUUUUUUAAAUUUAAUGAAUAUGAUUUUGAAAGUGAUUAUAUUGAUGAUGAAAUUAUUGAAUAUAAUAAAUAUUUAAAUUCUUUAAUUCCAUUUGCAAUAAUUGGUGCAAAUGAAUAUAAACAAAAUACUCAUCAAGAACAACAAGAUUAUGAUUCUGGUGAUGAUAUAAUUAAAUUAAGAAUUAAAGAUAAUAGAUAUUUUAAACCAAUUAAUAUUGAUAAUCCUGAUAUUAAUGAUUUUACAAUUUUAAAAAAUGUUUUAUUAAUUACCCAUUUAAAUGAAUUUAAAGAUUUAACUCAUGAUCAAAUCUAUGAAAAUUAUAGAACAGAAGCUUUAAGUGGUAAACAAUUUCAAUAUUCAAAAGGUGAUUCAAUGACAACUAAUUUAAAUACAAGUGUUGAAAAUUUGAAUUUAAAUCAAAAUUUUAAUAAUGGUACUAUAACUACAAAUGGUAAUGGUCAUCAUUCAAAUGGUCACAAUGGUAAUUCUGAAUCUGAUUAUUUAUUAAAAGAAGAACAAAUUAAAUUGGAAGAAGAAAGGUUGAAAAAAUUCGAAGAAAGAGUUCAUCAAGAUUUAAUCAAUAAAAGAAAAGAAUUAUUAGAAAGAGAAAAUGAAUUAAAAGAAAUUGAAAAAAGGUUACAAGCUGAAGGUUUGAGAAUUGAUGAAAAUGGUGAUUAUGUUAAAAUUGAUGAAUAA